UAUGAUUCCAGUUAUAAUAAAAAUGCCCCUUUUUUUUAUAACAGUGGACCGUUACAGUCGCAUAAGGUUUUUUUCAACUUUUUACUUGUUUUUGUGAAUCUUAUAUAGAGUUUAAAAGAUCUAGUAAUGACUGAUGAUGCACUAGAACUCAGAAGUUUUGCUGAAAUAGGUGCUGACAUGGAAGAAAAUGGGCAACAAUAUUGUCCAUGUUGCCAACACUCAUAUUCCUGGGGAGAUGAUGAAGAAUCAGAGAAUGUUCCAACUGUUUUAACUUGUAGACAUACUCUUUGUUCAGCUUGUGUGAAGACACAGUGGCUAGAUGUGGAAACAUCAGAUGACACUGUAUUUUGUCUAGCGUGCUCCAAAAGAGUUGGCAUUAUGUCAUUGAAAAAAGAAGUGGAGGAGGCUGAAGAUUUAGAACUAGAUAUACAUCAAGGACAGAAGAGUGUGAAAGAAAACAUGUUAGGUCUUAUUACACACCCAAACAAUCAGAUGGAGACAGAAGAAAAGUCAUCAACCACUGGCAAUAUGGUUACUGAUGAAGGGGAUGGCAUAUCAUCAGAACUGAAAGAAGGCAUUCUUCUCCAGGAGUGGGUCAAUACUAACAUUCCAGAAAAUUUUGUAUUAAGGUUGGUCUCCUCUGGCACAGAACAUAACAUUGGUGGGAAUACUUAUAUACUAGAUAACAUUGGUACAAAUGGCCUUUUGGUGCAUACAAAUCCUUCAGAGGGUGAUGGGCUGUCACUUGGAGAUCAGGAAGUUGACUCCCACUCUGUAAAGCCACAUAUUGAAACAGGAUAUCCUAGCAUUAGUGAGGGUGUUACAUUGCAGUCAAGUAUGAUAGGCUCCCCUGAUUUGAAUUUAAAAGCUCUACUGCAGAUGUUGGAGAAAAAUUCUGAGUCCAACCUUGGAGGAAGUGCAGAUAACUGUGGUAUUCAUCAUGAAACAGAGCUGACUGAUUUCCACACUACCGCCAUUCAAGAUAGUACACAAAACACCAGCUAUAUGGAAAAUUUAACUGUUCAGGAUAACCAAGAUAUUACUUUAGAUGGUGUUGCCUUAUCGAAUAAAUCAUUGUGUGAUCAGCUUGAAAUGGAGGAUCAGUGGCGACCUGUUGAUAUCAUGCAAAGAACAUUUGUACAGAGUGAAGAAAAAGCACCCAUCAACCAACCCCUACCUUGCACUCUGUAUCUCCAUGGCCGGAAUAUUUUGCCUGUAAAUGAUUGCAUUUCCACUCAAUCUAAUCAUGUGCAUGAAAUAGGAAAAAUGAAUGGAGAUCCCAUGCAAAAUGUUUGGCUAACCCAGGUGCAGAGAGGCAUCCCAAAAAAAAGUAAUGCUAAACCCAGACGGGGACGUAAAAAAAAACCUUUGUUCCGUCAUUUUCAGUCUGAAUUUUUCAUGAGACCUUACCUGAAAAGAGAGAACAGCCCCCAACUGCAGCUAGUUAAAUUGGUACGGCAGAGAGCACAAGAGAAGAAAGAGGAAGAAGAAAAGGCUGCUGAAAACUUGUCGAUGAACAGUGAUAAAUUGCGGGUAGAUGCCGAGAAAAGUAGCUUAGAAGACCCUGAACUGGCUUUCAUGAAAACUGUUGAUAUGCCUAGUGGGAAGCGAGUUGAAGAUAUCUAUGUUGUUCCUUCCGUUUGGAUCAGCAACGAGAAGAAAAAUAAUAGUAAACCAUUUGGAAGUAAGGAACCUACGCCUUCAGUAGGAUCUAAUUUAUUUAAUUAUUACUCUGGGCAGCCUUCACAGAGAAUUCCUGUACAAGUUUAUUCACAUGGAAACCGAUCCCACUUUUUAAAUUCUGGUCCGCAUAUGUCAUACACCAAGAACUACCAAGGGUACAGUCACCGUCAUUCAAGCUUACCACAGCAAUCACUUCCAGUGCACACACUGAAAUCACUACAUUCAAAUGAUAACCAGACAUGCAAACCAGCUCAGGGAAUGUGUAAGAUUAUCAAAGGCCAUAUCAUUACCACACUGAAUGCUCCCAAAAUUGGACCUGUCCCUACACUGAAAGAUUUGUGUAAAACUGUUCUUGGUUUCCAGACGUAUGCAUCUUUAGAUACAGCCAAUGACAGCAUUUACUCAUAUACAAAUGGAAGCUCACAACUUAGUUUUCCUAAGUCUAGAGGUUAUUCUGAGGAGAUUCGCCAAGCAAUUAAAAGCCCAAAGCAGUUUUUGGAUAUGAAAUCAGCACCUGUGCACCGUGAUCUGAAAAUGCCGCACAUAGGGUCAAAGCCCAUUCAAGCUAAAGACACCUUAUGUGAAGAUGAUUUCCUGAAAGAGAUAACCCACAAAGAGCACAAUGUUGCUCAUACAUUUUGUGAAACUUCAAAUUCUCUCCCUUGCCUUGCUGAUGACAACUGUAACAGCAUUAGUGAUGUGUAUGAUACAAGAAUGGGGGAUAAAUAUAGUGAUUCUGAAGAAACACUACCAGAAAAUCCGCUAGUAUCAGAGGAUAUAAAGAAACUAGAAAGGUCAAAAUCAGCUUUAAAUGACUGUGAUCUCUCUUACGGUGGUGACUACAAGGUUGACUUGACUAGUUUUGAUGAUAUGAAGGAUGCCAGCUCCACACAUGUUAACUCAGUGAGUAAUUUCAAAGACGGCCUGAAAGGUGUAUGCCAGGGAAGUAGUUCCACAACAAAUGUCAUUACUAGCAACAGCGAUUACGUCAUUCCCAUAGUCAGUUACAAACUUAAAGAGCCUAUCUUAAAUAAUUUUAUGAACAAUCCUAAAAAAGAUCUUAGACCGCAAGAAACUCACUUUAUGAAGAAUGAUUCCAACAAGAUGAACUCGAGGUUUAGGAAUGCGCUUUAUCCACAGAGCUCUUAUCCCCUAUAUUUAGAUACACAAUCCACAUCCACAGAUGAGACAACUGAAGGUGAACAAGUAGGUUUACCAACACUAGUAUCCAUUGCCAAACAAAUUAAAUGCCUCUCUUCAUUUGAACCACUAAACAAGCAGCUUUCAAAUUUAGCAGCAUCUCUGAAUUUGCUGUGCAAUGCAGAGAAGACACUCUAUGAGUCAAAUUUUGUUAUUUUUCGGCAAAUGAAGACAGAAAAUGAAUCCAAGUUGGGCCGUUUAAACAUGUGUAUUAGAAAACUUGGUGACUCAAUAAUCACCAUCGGCUGCACACUACAACAGUGGUCCAAACCAACAAAUAAUCGCUGCUUCAAAACUAUGGGAGUUCUAACCGAUUUGUACAACUCAAAUAUAGUUGGGUUGAUUGAGUUAAUUACUCCUUACUUUCACUACAUCUGUGAGCUUAUUGCUUCUUGUCACUCAGAUAUUAUGAUGUGGAACAAAGAUGCAAGUAAUGACCAUUCCAGCUGUUUGGAGGACUCUGCUCCUAUUGAUUCUUCAGUAUGGCAAGAUCUUAAUGUUGAAAACACAGGAACUGGCACAAGCUGUUCCAAGCCAGUAUCUACAUUCACCUACAGUGAAACAUCAAAAUCCUCAUCUCCAAAAGAUUUUUCGCGGCAAGAGUAUGACCGUUCUUUAUCUUCUGAAGAAUUUAUGGAAAGUGAAGCCUCCAAUUCAGGGCACACAAGUGCAAAAACAUCCCCGAAACUAAAAUCCUUAGCAAACACAAAGCGAGGGAGACCUCUUGGAUCAAAAAAUGGCCAGAGAAAGUCUAAAGGAAUCCAGCUAAAAAAUAAAUUGAAAAGAAGAAGUCCCUUGAUGUCAGGAAAUCAAAAUUUCCACAAUUCUUCUGGUAUUUGUCAGCCUAGCAUGAUUCUCCCUAACACCAUUCUUGUCAGUAUGUCUUCAGAAAAUUUCUGGAAUGAAGCCAGUGCUACUAUUCUUGAUCAGCCCCAAAGCUCUACUCACCUUUCAUCCAAUCAUGAUAAUGAAAAUGCUGACCUUAAGCAAGAGAUGUCAUCAAUGCAGGAAGCACCAGCAAGUUGGGUGCUGCCUUCUGGAAUGGUAGAUAACUGUCAAAGUUUGCCAAUGCAUUUGAACAUUUCCCCUGUGCAGACUGCAGAUACAACUCUUUCUUUAUUGGAUCAGGAAUACACUAGCAAUUUAGAUGCAGUACCAGAUCUGAUAGACACCUCAAUACACAAAGGCAUGAAUGAUGAUUGCAGCCCCAACAAGAAGUUAAAAUAUCAGGAUAACACCAUUGUGUCGGAUGAUUGCUCCAAUAUUGUUUUCACACUGCCAAAAGGGAUCAACAUUGUGCUGAGGGAUAGCUCUACUGACAACACAGAAGAGGACAUGAAUAUUGCAGCCAGUGAUCCCAGCAACCAAGAUGAGGCUAUUGGUCAUGUGGAGGAGCUUCACAACUUUCAGAACAGUAUCUAUUACAUCAAAGGUGCUGACAAUUCAGAUGACGAAUUACAGUUAGACCAUCAAAUUUUUUCUGGCACCCUAAUUAGAUCAUUAAAAGAGAAUACAGAGAUGCAGGAUAAAUACCAAAUAUCUUUUAUGCAAGAUUGUUCCAAUGCUGAGCUUGAAGAUAAUGUAAAGGAUUUAAUGGAUAGUUCAUCGUUUGACACGUCUAUCAGUGGGGACAAAAUAAAGAACGAAAUCUCUGAAAGUUAUUCUCGUAAUGUGAAUGAUAGCAUAGGGGAUCUGUGUCAGAAUGAUGAAUUUGACAUGAAUAUGAAUUAUGAUGAGAAUAAUGUAUCUAUUUUACAUACUAGAUCUUUUGAUGAGCAUCUUUAAAAUAGUUCUAUAAAUAUUUAGUUUUUGAUGUCAGCUAUUACAUUACAUGCAUUAUUGUAUAAAUAUACUAGACCAUUGUCAUAGUCAUUUUUGUAAUAGCUACCAGUAACAUUUAGGUACUACGAAUGCCAGUAGGGCACCAGGUAGAUUUUAUUUAUUUUUGCUGUUUUUACGAACCUGACCCUAUAACUAGCCUUCACUUUAAUAGUGAUACAAUCAUAGAAAAAACAUUUUAUUUCCCUGAUCGAAUUCUUUAUAGAUCCCGUAUUUGUAUAUACUAAUUUUUUAAUCUGUUCUAACAUACUGGAAAAUUUUUACCCAAAAAUAAAACUUGUGUGUAUUAUUAUAAAACAUAAUAGUUUAAAAUACGGGAUACAUUACAUGAUACUUAAAUUUAGUAUCAAACUAUUGCAGUUCUGUUCUUGUGAUUCAAACUAUUUCAUUAUUUAAAGUUUGCAUGUAACUAAUUAUAAGCUGAAAUCAAAUAGUGUUUUUUUUUUUACCAUUGUGUAUUACUGGUACACAACAUUUAAAAUUUUUUAAUUCUUAGGCCCUAUUUAGAUAUUCAUAAUCAUAGUUAUGUACUUAAAAAGUAUUUGUGUGUUUUAUUUGUGUGUUCAGAAAAUGAAUUAGACAUUAGCUUGUAACUGUGUUAAAUGUCAUUUGAAAAUAUGUUUAAUAUAAUUUAGUUGAGAAUAGUUUCAGAUUUUAUAUUAAAUUAGCAAUUUAAAGAACAAACAUUUCAACAAUGGCUCUCAUUGAAUAUAAAUUAUAUGUUUGGCAUAGCUACAUUUUUAAGUAACAUGUACAGUAUUCAGUCUUUGCUGUUUUUUUUAUGGCCAUUAUCUGUGUUAGUGAGUCAUAAAAUACUUAAGUGGGAAGGGCAACUGAUAAACUCAUUGCUAUCUAACAUUUGUUGAUAUCAGCAUUUUAGUUUUAGUGGUAGUUAAAACAUGAUAUGUGCUAUUCAGUUAAAUGGGUAAAGAGAAACAAUGGCCUUUUUUUAGUAACAUAUAGGCUGAUUGUUUUCAACUAAAUAUAGAUCUAUAAUUCAGAUUCUUUUUUUUUUGCUUUGUAACUUAAGAAUCUAGCAUUGAAAUGAUCUCACCAUAUAUACUAGGAUUUACUGACCAAAAUUGUUAGCCAGUUAACUUAAUUUUUUGGUCAAUGGAUUUUUUCCUUUGGUUGAACAUCGUUAAUCUACAUUUCUGAAUGCUAAAAAAUAAAAUUUACAGGAUACUGACAUAAUUUCAGUAAUAUUAAGAAUGCUUCAUAUGAACAUUUUGUAUGUCUAAUUCAGAAAAUAGUUGUUGCUGCAUCACCCUACUGCUAUAUAUUAACUGUGAUAAUUUACCUUUCAUACAAUUAUCUGAUAACUUGUAAGAUAACAUUAAACCCCUAAGUGAUAAGUUGCAUGUAGUUUAUAUUUUUUUCUUUCAGAGCAUCUUCAGUUAUUUUAUUUACAGUUUAGUUUGGCCCAUAUUAACUUUAAGACCGAAGCCUUCAUCAUUGGAUGUCACUUUAUGAUAUCCUUUGAAAUAUUCCAAUAAUUAAAUAAUGAAAAUAU